AUGAUGGAUUCUGCAUUGUCAUUAUUACGUACAAAUAAAAUUGAUGAAGGAUAUACAGUAAUUCGCCAGUAUGUCAGAGAAAAGAACAUAUUUAAGGAUAUGGCACCAUUCUUCAAUCAUUUUUCAAUGUUUUGGUUAAAUAAUCAAAAUGGAGGUGACUAUUUGUUUUCAGUUGAUGGAAUAGCAAGACUUAAAAAUAAUAAUAUUCAAUUGUUCUAUGGACAACUAAAAGAGAUAUUUCAAUUGAUGCAUAAAAACCUUUGGAUAUUUUUGAAUAAGUAUGGACUAAAUUUUAAUUAUAAAGCUUUUGUAAAAUAA